AUGAAUCUUGAGCCGCCCAAAGCUGAGAUCAAGUCAGCCACCCGUGUUAGCGGAGGCCCUGCCACUCCACGCAAGGGACCCCCCAAAUUCAAGCAGAGGCAGACUCGUCAGUUCAAGAGCAAGCCUCCAAAGAAGGGAAUCCAGGGCUUUGGUGAUGAUAUCCCUGGAAUGGAGGGCUUGGGCACAGACAUCACUGUCAUUUGCCCCUGGGAGGCCUUCAAUCACCUGGAGCUGCAUGAGCUGGCCCAGUACGGCAUCAUCUGA